AUGCGAGUAAAUGAAACAUCGAGCGUUGCAUUAAUGGAAGAUGAAGAAGAUUGGGAUGAUCAAGAUGAUGAUGAAACCGACCAUGGCAAGAGUGAAAUUUUUGAAAAUUGGCAACAGAUUGAUAGCAUUGAAAUCCCUACUCAUUCCAAGAUCUUACCUGAAGAUAAAUCGACGGAUGAUAUUGAUGAAGAUCGUUUGCUUGGUAUCCCUCUUGAGUUGCGUACCUGCAAUCAAUCAGCCGAUCAAGAAAUUGUAAAAGAACCUCGUUCAUCCAGUGGAUUGCAGCGUAGUAAACUCAGCAAAACUCUUGAUGCUGUUCUUGGUCAAGCCAAUGUUAUUUAUGCCAAAGGUCAAGUAAAAGAAGCUCUUACAAUGUUAUUAGAGGUGAUUCGACAAGCACCGCGAACUUAUGAGCCAUAUCUGCAAGUGGCUGAUAUUUAUAAUGAACUUGGUCAGCCGCACAAUUCUUUGCAGUAUGGGUUGCUUGCAGCACAUCUAAAUUAUCGAACUCCGCCUGAACAGUGGUGUAGGUUAGGAGAUUUGGCCUUCAAAUUGGAACGGUUUGAAGAAGCUGCAGCUUGUUACGGAAGAGCGACAAGAGGCGAGCCGACAAACUGGAAGCAUUACGAAAAGCGCAUCGAUGCUCUGGAACGAAUCGGCUUACGACCAUUGGCAAUGAAGACACGAUUACAAGCUGCACAAUUUAUUGAUCAUUCAGCUGCUGGAGUCGACUUUGAGUGGUUUUCUGCUUUAAUCAAAACGGCUGCUGAAUAUUACAUACAAAAAAAUGACGAAGAAAAAGCAAUUUCUGCUUUAGAAGCUUACGUGUUACGGAGUCGUGUAUUUGGAAGAAACGCAGAUACGCAACACAAUAUUUUAAUUGGAAUGUGGAUGACACGAAAUCGGUUCGAAGAUGCUGCAAAAUCCAUAUUUGCUUUGUGUCCUGACAUUACUGCAUUGAAUAAGGAUGGGAAUUUUGCCAUAGAAGUAAAAACAUUUUUUUCACAUUAA